CCUAGGAUGGAAACGCGAGAGUUCCUCGCUGCGCAGUCUCCGGUACGGGGCGCGAGCGGGGACAAAUUCACUCCGUUCCCCGCUCUCUGUCUAGGGGUUGAGCUGGGCAGGGGGCGUGCUGAGGAUGGAGGACAAGCCCUACGGCAGCCUCAAGCCCUCUCUGGACAGGCUCACCCUGGGGGUCAUCCGGAUACUAGAAGCUUCUCCAGGAGUCGAUGAGGUGACAUUUGUGGAAAAGGAGCCAGCUGAACGUCACUCUAUUGUUUCCUGGGAGCAGAAAAACUCCUGUGUAUUGCCAGAGGAUUUAAAGAAUUUCUACCUAAUGAGUGAUGGCUUCCACAUGACCUGGAGUGUUAAGUUUGAUGAUAACCCCAUGCCACUGGGCUCCAUGGUGAUUAACAGCAUCUCUAAGCUAAGUCGCCUUGGUGGAUCGUCGGCGUACGCUCUACCCAAUGCACCAACUCUCGCUGACCUGGAAGAUGAUAUGGAUGAGGAAGGUAAUGAAGACCAGCCAGAAAAGCCUCACUUUGACUCUCGUAGCCUGAUAUUUGAAUUAGACCCAUGCAAUGGGAACGGGAAAGUUUGCCUUGUUUAUAAGCACACCAAACCAGUUGUCACCCCAGACACUGAGAUAUGGUUUCUGGACAGAGCUCUGUACUGGCAUUUCCUCACCGACACCUUCACUGCCUACUACCGACUGCUGAUCACCCACCUGGGUCUCCCGCAAUGGCAGUAUGCCUUUACGAGCUACGGUGUCAGCCCUCAGGCUAAGCAAUGGUUUAACAUGUACAAGCCCAUCACCAUCAACACAGCUCUACUCUCGGAAGAACCUGACUCCUUUGUGAACAAACUGGACCCCAACAAGGUAUUUAAAAGCAAGAACAAAACUCCGGUGAUCAAAAAGAAAUUGCCAUCCCAGCCAGGAGGCUCUCAGAAAAGCCACGCAAGCACGGCCUCCUCCAAGACCCUUUCCCUAUCCGGGAACUCCCUGAGGAAACGAGAACCCCAAACCUGACUCUGGAAAGCAGUUUCAUUCCAGACUGUUAAAAACCCACUGUGGUGUCUCUUAGGUUUGGAUCAAACCAUUCCUCAUGCAUGAAUAGACUUCCCAGUGCAAGCUGUGUUGCAACAUUUGCAUGAAAUAUAAUAAUUUAAUUUAUGGGAGAUAUGUCUGGAAAGUCAAAAAGCCGCAGGUCCUGGAGAGAUGGUGGUUAAUUCCUUUCUAUUCCGAUGGGCAAAUACUUCUGUGUGGAUAAAAAUGCCGCUGAGCUGGGUGGAGUGUGUUACUACGGAUAAAGUGCAGCAAUGGACUCAAGUCAAAUCAAUCUCUACCAUUUUCAUAUACAUCUUAUUAAAUACAACAUACAUACACAGAUAUUUCCCCGUGUCCUUUUUUGAAGGAAAAAAGCAUGCAGUGAUCAUUGCAUAUAAUGAGAGCAGGGUCAAACCCACUGAAGUUGGUGUUGUAGUCAAGGGGAGCAUUAAGGGAGCAGGACUGGGCCCCGUGGUUGUAGCCCAAUGAUGUGUAAGGGCUUCAUGCUGGCCACCCACAAAUCCCAUUGAGUGUUCAGCCCGGGAUCAGGCUCUGAAGUAUUUGUGCCGACUGCAUGUUAAACAGAAAUGACCUUCUGCUAAAGACCACACCUGAUGUUGUGCGCACUUGGCAAGAGCUGGCCAGGCCAGAGCAGUGCAAAGGUGCCAAGUCAUCUAAUAUGGCGAGCAGGUGGACUAGCCAAGGACAGUGCUGUGAAACCAUUAUGCACAUCCAGCAGCAUCUAGGAAACUCUCUUACAAAGAAAUCCCUUUUUUCCCAGGCCAGUGCUGCUCUCCUCAUAAGGCCCCUGGCUCCAGGUUAACAAUCUGCCCUGGAACAACGUGGGAUUCCCUAUCACCGUAGCUGUCUGUGCUUGGUGCUGAGCGCCUCUUUAACUCCUGCAGAUCUCAGUAGGCAGGGAAGGUGCUCAGCAACUUUCAGGAUCAGGCAUCUCAGGACUGGGCUCUAUAAAAGCCUAACUGUGGGUCCCAGCCCAUCAGUAGGUCUUGGAAAGGUUGCAGAGGGGUCAGGGACUCAGAGCAGAGGGGUUCUCCAGGGAAUGGGUGGGUGGGUUGGAGAGCAAGCCUGCACCACACUAACCCUGGAACAGCGUCUCCUGUCCACAGGGCUGGGACUCUGGAGCUGGGAGCCGGGCACAGCUCCGCAGGACAAGAGUCGCUGCUGCAGGGUCACUCUCCAACAUACAGACAUCGGGGCUCCACUACACAUUAGGGCAGGACUAGAGUUCUGGUGCUGGGUCAAUGAGUGCUGCUGCAGGUGCCAGGGCCGAGGAGGAGGUGGUGGCGGCAGCAGCAGCAGAGGAGGCCUGUGAUUUUUGGGGACCCAUCCCACACCCAAAUUUGCAAAACAAGACACAAUACAGUGGGUGGGACUCCUUAGUAAAAUGUUUCAGAACCACUGUCCUAACACAGUGAAGCCCAGCCUCCCCUGGUCUAAACAAGAGCUGCUCCGAACAGAGAAAGCAACCUUCGCUGCCAAUUUGGGACCAAACGAAACCCAACCAUUUUCCUCUUCUCUUUUGCACUGUCUGUUCUGAGACGCCUUGAAUGGAGGAGACUGGAGCCCCAAGUCCAGUGCA